UUUACUGUAAGAUAAAUAAGUGGGGUGUUAAAGAAUGAUACUUUUCGCUGCAAAUGACAAAAGAUGGUUUGUUGCAGUAGUCUUAGCAACGACAUAUUGCAGACCGGCAAAAGGCAAUUGGAGCAGGAUAUAUCCGACACACCUUAUAUAGCUUUAUCGACGUUAUCGGAAGACGCCUUUGGAUUAGGAUUUCCAUAUUUAUUCCAGGGAAAAGAGAUUCCUCAACUCAACGUUAAUUGACCGCAGGCCAAAAUUUCAAGCUGAAGGAUAUUUGCGGGCCAGAAGAGAGGAGCGCCUGCAAGGGAGCAAUACUGAGCUUCGUACUUCAAAAAAGCAACGGGUUAUUGCCUAUUGGCCACCACACGUCGGUGGAGAUUUAUCAGAUGUUUCAAAAUGGAACACUCGAAGAAGUUCUCAAUGAAAAAGUUCCGUUGACCUAACCUAUUCGAGAAAGGCUGUUAACUGAAAAUCUGAAGAAUCCAGCACUCCCAUGAGGAAGAUCUAAAAGAUCGUCUGAAGGUUUCGAAAAAGCAACUGGUUAUUGAAUACCACCUGAUGCACAUGCCGGUGAAAAUAUAUAAGAUGUUUCAAAGUCGGGCAUUCCAAGAAAUCUUCAAAGAAUUCAAUAGCUUCGUACUUCGAAAAAGCAACUGGUUAUUGAAUACCACCUAAUGCACAUGCCGGUGAAAAUAUAUCAGAUGUUUCAAAGUCGGGCAUUCCAAGAAAUCCUCAAAGAAGUCAAUGAGCAAAAGACAGAAUAUGAAAACCUGUCAAGUGAACACUACGGUACUUCAUGAUGGAAAUCAAGAUCAGAGGUUCGGCAAUUUGAAAAAUAAAAAACUGUCAUACUGUUGAAGCUGGAAUUACUGCGGCUGCUGGUAACAGAGAGAGAGAUUUAUUGCUCUUGUCAACCAGAAAACAAACAAUGAGCAUACUCGAGCCUCUGGGACGUUUUAUUUGGGUUCAAAUCCACCCAAAAGUUUUAGGUUGUAAUAUCUGAAGAAAAUGGGUAAUUAUUUGGGAAUUUGUUGGCAAUAUAUUUGGGAACAUCCAUGGGCAUCUGUCAUAGUUGGAAUCAUAACCGCAGCUUUCACGCCGCCGAUAAAAAAAAUUUGGACGAAAAUUGUCGUCAAGCUUCUGGAAAAUUGGUUAACGCGCAUUAUGACAUGGUGGAGAGGGAAUUCAAGCGAGUCGAAUUCUGACACGAACAACGAUCAAGGUGAAGUGAUAGAACACACGCCGCAUGUGAAUAAUGCUGAGGCAGGACCCGAUGGAAGGAAUACAACCCGUUGCAGGCGUAAGGAAGACCUUGAUGACAGACCAGCAGAUUCUGGAAGUCGCAGUUCAGUAAAAUUUCUUGCAAAAGUUAAAGCCAGGAAUUUCAUGGUGGAUGUGAAUGAGGUCACUAUUGAUAACAGAGAAAUUGACAAUGAUGAAGAAAUCUCAAGGGAUAAGGAAAAGAUGGCAGAAAAGAAAAUAGCUUACCGGGAAGCAAGAAAACCCAAAAAAGUGAAUGCCAAACAAAAAGGGGAGAGAACUGUCGUCGUCGAAUUUCAUGAUAAGGUUGAAACUGACAAUAUGAUAGCGCAUGCAGAGAAGGUUAAAAUCGGCAGAAGGAAGGUCAAAGAAAAAAAAGAACAAACAACUGGGUGCGUUCAAUCUGCCAGAAGUGUCGAGGAAGUUAACAAAGAUACGCUCGCAUCAACAGUGCAGAGACAUGGUGGACAACCUAAGAAAUUUGGGACGAAUCAGUCAACAUUAGGAGAAAUCACUCAGGAGAAAACAGUGAUAUUUAUUGGGGGCUGCAGGUUAAAACUCUCGGCACAUUCCGUCAAAGAACCAACAAUGCAUGAUAUCAAGUACAAUAUCGUUCCAGUAGCGUCACCAGGUGGCCAUAUUCAUGCGAGCUCAACACUGACCUUUAACCCACCUUUCCAAGGUCGGAAGAGCCUGAAGAUCUCGCUCCCAACAUGGUGCUCAUCAGAAGCUUCUGUUCUUGUUGGAAUCUUUACUGAAACAGAAGAAGGUGAAUGGAAAGAGCUGGACCGUCCGAAUCUGACACACGAAGGGCAUUUGGAGCUUCAUUAUCGUUACCUUAGCAACAUAACAGCAUUCCUACCUCGAGAUAGGUUGCCAGAUAUCAAUUUCAAAAUAUCUUGCUUUCUGUACAAUAAUGCGGAUUGGAAAUUUGCAAUGGGAUUCUGUCUUGCUGAUGAAGCCAUUGAAAAUAUGUUUCAGGACCGACUUGAAGCGAAAGGCUUUGUUCCUGCUAUCAAGACACUGGAACCACUUAUGGCAUCGUUUGAGGAUGAGAUUGAGUUCAAGAUUAUUCCUGGGCAGCCGAUGACAAACAUACAGUUCAAUGUGGAUGAACAAUUUCUGUCUUCACAUCAGGGCUACAUAUCCUACUGCAACACAAACGCUGACACUUGCGAAUAUAAAAUCACUCAGAAGAGGAAACUCGAUUUAGCUGUUGGAAAUCAAGCUGGCGUUGAACAAAUCAUCGAUCAAAAAACCUACAGCAUGAUAAAGAAAUAAUAAUUAUUGACAGUGUACCUAACCAAAUGCUAUUAUAAUUUUUUUCCCACUAGUUUCCUUAUACAGCGACUGUUUUUGUUCCAAUAAGAAAAAAAAGCAAUGUGGUACCAAAAGUGAUAUAUCUGGGGGAACGCCUGAUAAAGUACAUUAUAUUGUCUCCUCUGUGGAGUAAUAAAUUUCGUUCGCACAUUACCAGUGAAACCAAGAUAUCAUUCAAAAUGUUAAUGCGAGUCCAUGCAACUCAAACAAAGAACUGGCUAAAUAAUCACAUGGACUGGUAACUGGGCGAGAGGCCUAGUAUAGUUUUCCUCUCCUCCGAGAUAAAUAUGUAAAUCCUACUAAUCGAUAUGGAUUGUUAGUUUUUAUUCGUUUCUGUGUGUGGCUUUAUUAUCGAACAGUUGAUUGCUCUGUAUCAUGAAGACAGGUUGGUAUGAUGGGUUCUAAUUGGUGGUGCCAGAUUUUUUCAAGUGUGCAUUCAUAAUGAAUGUCACAAUGCAAUUGUUUAUUACAACAGCGAGCAGUUGACCCCAUCUAAUUUUCAGCUGUGACACCAUACUUUGCUUCUUAUCAUAACUUAUAAACAAAAAUGUAUUUAGAUAUUCAGAAAGUGGUCCAAUCAGUCAAAUACAUACCACAUUUUUACACGGUACAAAUAGUUUUAUCCCUAAUAACUAAAUAUCCAACACCCCCGAAAUUUUGUAAACACCCACCCCAAAAUUAAAGCUGGGGAACAUACUGGACCCGCGUACACGUAUCACAUCUUUUGUCAACAGCUUUCAAUCAAAAUCUGUACGUUUUAAAUCUUAAAGUUUUGUUCGCAUUCCUGAUUUUGUAAUCAGUUUUAUUUGAUUUGAUCAAUAAUUUUAUUGUCUUUUCAUGCUGAUUAUAGAGUCUGAAUAUUAUUUUCGAUAUCUUUCUCCAUUUUGCCUGUGUCUUUUGGGCGCUCUAGAAGUGUAUGUACCAAUAUGGAGGUAACUAAUUUUGUUCGCCUACUUUACAUCAAGUUGUGUGAAGGAACUGGAACCUAUGGGCAGUUGGUAUAUUCACUUGGCUAACACAGACAGUCCCCGAACUCGUGAUAAACUUAAAAUAAGGAAAAUCGGAAUAAAAUUAUGCCCUAACACACACUCUGCCUUUUGGAUCUCUGUAAUCUUGAGUCACUACUAGGGCUGGGCGUUUUCGAAUACCUGAUGAUUUCAGAAUCGAAUAUUUUUUUCGAAUCGAAUCUUUAAUACUUGGGAGAUAUAUAAUUGUAUGCAAUUUUUCGUCAUACAAGGUGUCGUUGACUGGAUGACUCUUAAGUCUUUCGCGAU